CACAAGACUGGCGAAAUGGCAGGGUCACAUAUUUUGUCAACAGCGUUUAUAAUAACCGCAUUUGCUACCCGGCUGGUUAUUCCAGCACCAACUGCACAGAAUGGGUUUUCCUUUGCUUCCUACUACAAUGACCAUAUGGUUUUACAGAAAGCUCCACAAAAAUCGAAUAUAUGGGGAUAUUCUACCAAACUAAACGACAUAGUGCAUGUUACUAUUAAAGGCAGUGGUAUAACCCAUACCGUUCAAACAAAGGUCUAUAAAGGUAGCGAAGGAAAGGGGGUUUGGAAAAUAGCUUUACCAGCAGUACCUGCAGGAGGACCAUUUACUGUAACAGCCACUUCAUCUCUAGCUAACCUUAUCCUUGAAGAUGUUUUGUUUGGUGAUGUUUGGAUUUGUUCUGGACAGAGUAAUAUGCAGUUUACCUUAACAAUGGGGCUGAACACUUCGGCAGAAAUAGCAGAUGGGGUUAAUUAUCCAAACAUAAGACUGUUUACUGUAAGAAGGAAAGAAUCUAAAACCCGUCAGUACGAUCUGAUAGAUAUUGAACAAAACUGGUCUCUUCCCAGUAAAACAUCGCUUGGUGGAUCACCGUGGUCUCAUUUUUCAUCUGUGUGCUGGUUUUAUGGCAAAGACCUAUAUAAUGAACUCAAAUAUCCUAUUGGCUUGAUAGCAUCGUCUUGGGGAGGAACAUUGAUAGAAUCUUGGUCGUCACCAGAAGCGAUGAGUAAAUGUGGAGCACCAAUCACAUACGGACCACAACCAGGAUUUCCCAGAGAUCCCAGUGUUUUGUGGAAUACUAUGAUUAGUCCAUUCCUUCCGUUUACAAUUUAUGGUGCUAUUUGGUAUCAAGGAGAAAGUAACGGUGGCCACGGGGAUAGAUACAACUGUAGCUUCCCUGCUAUGAUUGAUGAUUGGCGAGAUAACUUUAACAAGGAAUCUGGUGGACAAACUUCUCGAAACUUUCCAUUUGGCUUCGUACAGUUGGCGGCAAAUAGCAACAACCCGAAAUCACUUGGGAUGACUGGUAUACGAUGGGCCCAAACUGCUAGUUUCGGUUACGUUCCCAACGCUCGAAUGCAUGACGUUUUCAUGGCAGUAUCAUUAGAUCUUCCCGACUAUAACUCUCCAAUGGGCAGUAUUCAUCCUCGACAUAAGAAAAUAGUUUGUGAUCGUUUGGCCCUGGCAGGUUUGUCAGUAGCUUAUCAUAAAACAGGAAAGAAGUUUCAAGGACCUUAUCCAUCUAAAAUAACCAAUCACAAGACAGAUUCUACUGUAACUGUUGAGUUUGACCAUGGUAACUCACCACUAGAUGUAAGGGCCCAGGAUGGAUUUGAGGUGUGUUGUGUGAGUAAAACACAAACAAGUGGAUGCAAUACUUAUGAUAAAGAUUGGCAUGCGGCUCCUGUUUCCAAGUCAACCAAAACCAGUGUUACAACACACUAUCCGGAUUCGUGUAACCAAAACCUUACUGUCAAAGCUUUGAGAUACCUUUGGAGAGAAUCGCCAUGCAUAUUUCUGAAAUGUCCAGUUUACAGUGUAGAAAAUCAACUACCAGCACCACCAUUUUUGUACCAUUUUCCAGAUCUUGGUGAUGUUCAUAUCAUAGGCUAA